AUGGGAACAGAUGGGAAUAGAUGGGAACCUUGGCUCUGGAUGGGAACAAGUCCUGGUAAAGUUGUUUGUGUCUGGCCCGUGGUGAUUCUCUGUGCACGCCUCAGCUGCCAAGGGCAGCACUGGCCAGUCCUUGGAUUUGAGGAUUGGCUGGAGCUGCUGGGGUCUACUCUUGGGUCUGCCCUAGCUGCCUGCCCUGGGAGAGGGAAAGAGAAAGAUGUUGGUCACCCUGGUUUUGCCUCCCCUCACUGCCUCUCUCAUUUAGGGGUGAGGAUGGGGGAUCAGCUCGGGCUAAGACCCUGA